AUGGAUGAAGGCGGUGGACUGGAGCGCCCGGCGGGAGAGCAGCUGCAGGCACUGGCCACGGAAGGAGCUGGCCAGGAGAAGUGCGAGCCGGAGACGGUUCGGUCCAAGAGUUUACCGGCCCUGAACAGCACCUCCUGCCGGCCGGAGCGCAGUUCCGCGGGUGUAGACGCCAAGCCUGCCUUCAAAUGCACGAAUUCUUUGGAUCACCAGGAAUUGCUGCAAGGGCCCGGCCCGUUGACCCCCAGCACUUCGGCCCAGUCCCCGUCGGUGGGGAUGGCGGAUUGUAACCACCGAGUGGACAUCAGCAAAGCCGUGUCCGUGUCCUCCACUCUGGCUACACUGCAAGGGCGCAGAUGCCUCUACCUGGUCCUCACGGAUUCCCGAUGCUUCCUGGUUUGCAUGUGCUUUCUGACCUUCAUCCAGGCACUGAUGGUCUCCGGCUACCUGAGCAGCGUCAUCACCACCAUUGAAAGGCGCUACAGCCUCAGGAGUUCCGAGUCGGGGCUGCUGGUCAGCUGCUUUGACAUCGGGAGCCUGGUGGUGGUGGUGUUCGUCAGCUACUUCGGAGGCCGAGGACGGCGGCCCCUGUGGCUGGCUGUGGGCGGCCUGCUCAUCGCCGUCGGGGCUGCCCUUUUCGCUUUACCUCACUUCAUCUCCCCUCCGUACCAGAUCCAAGAGUUGAACGCUUCGGCCUCCAACGACGGCCUGUGUCAGAAUGGAAACUCCACGGCCACUUGGGAGGCUCCGACUUGCCUGAAGGAUUCGCGAGGGAGUAAUCACUGGGUCUAUGUGGCUUUGUUCAUUUGCGCACAGAUUCUUAUUGGAAUGGGCUCCACACCUAUUUACACCCUGGGACCAACCUACUUAGACGAUAAUGUCAAGAAAGAAAAUGCAUCCUUGUACUUAGCCAUCAUGUAUGUCAUGGGAGCACUUGGUCCUGCAGUGGGAUAUUUACUAGGUGGACUUCUCAUUGGUUUUUAUGUUGACCCCAAAAAUCCUGUUUACCUUGACCAGAAUGACCCUCGUUUCAUUGGAAACUGGUGGAGUGGAUUCCUCCUUUGUGCCAUUGCAAUGUUUCUUGUGAUAUUCCCAAUGUUUACUUUUCCAAAAAAGCUUCCACCUCGGCACAAGAAGAAGAAAAAGAAAAAAUUUUCUGUGGAUGUUGCUAGCGAUGAUGAUGAUGUUAUGAAAGAGAAAUCAAACAACAGUGAACAAGUGGACAAAAAAGUUUCUUCUAUGGGAUUUGGAAAGAAUGUCAAAGACCUACCACGAGCAGCUGUCAGGAUCUUAAGCAACAUGACAUUCCUUUUUGUGAGUUUGUCAUACACAGCUGAGAGUGCCAUUGUAACUGCUUUCAUUACCUUCAUUCCCAAGUUCAUCGAGUCACAGUUUGGUAUCCCUGCUUCCAAUGCCAGCAUCUAUACUGGUGUUAUUAUUGUCCCAAGUGCUGGCGUUGGCAUUGUCCUGGGAGGCUAUAUUAUUAAAAAAUUGAAACUUGGUGCAAGAGAAUCUGCAAAACUAGCAAUGAUCUGCAGCGGUGUGUCUUUGCUGUGUUUUUCAACCUUGUUUAUUGUUGGAUGUGAAAGUAUUAAUCUAGGAGGCAUAAACAUCCCUUAUACCACAGGACCGUCUCUCACCAUGCCCCAUCGGAAUCUGACAGGAAGCUGCAAUGUUAACUGUGGCUGUAAAAUAGAUGAGUAUGAACCAGUCUGUGGAUCAGAUGGAAUUACAUACUUUAACCCUUGUCUGGCUGGCUGUGUUAAUAGUGGUAAUCUUAGCACGGGGAUUCGGAAUUACACGGAAUGCACCUGUGUCCAGAGCCGACAAGUGAUCACUCCGCCCACAGUGGGACAGCGCAGUCAGCUCCGCGUGGUCAUCGUCAAAACCUAUCUCAACGAGAACGGCUACGCUGUGUCCGGGAAGUGUAAACGGACUUGUAACACGCUUAUUCCCUUCUUAAUUUUUCUUUUCAUAGUCACCUUCAUCACAGCCUGUGCGCAGCCAUCAGCCAUCAUAGUAACACUCAGAUCUGUAGAAGACGAGGAGAGACCUUUUGCUCUGGGCAUGCAGUUUGUUUUGUUGCGAACACUUGCGUACAUUCCUACCCCGAUCUACUUCGGCGCAGUCAUCGACACCACCUGCAUGCUCUGGCAGCAGGAGUGCGGCGUGCAGGGCUCCUGCUGGGAGUACAACGUCACGUCCUUCCGCUUCGUCUACUUCGGCCUGGCGGCCGGCCUCAAGUUCGUGGGCUUCGUUUUCAUUUUUCUGGCCUGGUACUCCAUUAAGUACAAGGAGGAGGAGCUGCAGCGGCGGCGCUGGCGGGAGUUCCCGCUGCACACGGUGAGCGAGGCGGUGGGCCGCCGCCACCCCGCGGGCUCCGCCCGGACCAGGUCGUGCCCGGCCUUCGGCUCCCACGCCGACUUCCCCGACGAGCCUCGGCCGCACAAGGGGCUGCAGGCGGCCGCGGCGCAGACCUACGCCGGGCCCUUCCCCGAAGCAAUAAGCGCCUCCGCCAACCCGGGCUUGGAAGAAAGGCCCACUGCAGUCUAG